AUUGCCAGGAUUUCCACGCGCGAUUCCAGAUUAGGGUUUCUCUCUCUCUCCUCUGUGUGUGUUCUUCCUCAUUUCUUCUUCGCUUGUUCCGUAAUUGGGGGUGCGAUCUUUGAGCUCUAACUCUUUGUGCUUACUUUUUUGUUCAUCUCGUUACUGCUCCCACCGACUUUCUGAGGUUGCCUGCGUUCAAUUUCUCAAUUUGAAUGAAUCGCUGAAGUUGGUCGUAGGGAGAAAGUGGGAAGAAGGUAGAGAUGGAUGAAGGUGAGGGAGGGUUCGGUGAGGGUGUGGAUCAGAUUGAUCAGUUUCAUAGGAAUGAGGCGAUUUCUGCCGUUGCUGAUGAGGGUUUCUUGGGCGAAGAUGAGGAUGAGUAUGAGGACCUCUACAACGAUGUUAAUGUUGGGGAGGGGUUUCUUCAGUCGUUGAGGAAGAAUGAUGAUUUGGGAUUCAGGAACGAGGAGGAGCCGCCGAAGAUUGAGCCUCCUGCAACUUUAGCACCCAGUUCUGGUGCUUCGAUACCUGGUGUUGGCGGAGGUGCGACUGAAGUUGCUAGUUUAGGAGAUGGCGGGCACAGUGUUCCGGAGAGAGUAACCGAGGGUUACAAUCAGAUUCCAGAUUUAAGAACGAAUGAGAUGGCUAUGAGAGGUGGGGCAGGAUCGGGGCCGCCGAUGGGUGGGGGAGGCGGGAUUAGGGUUGAAUUAGGGCAAGGGAGUAAAACCAAUGAGUUGGAGGAGCGAAGUAGUAAUAACGUAGCCGUGCAUCAGGCUCCGCAACAGCCACAGCCACAGCCACAGCAACAGCAACAGCAACAGCAACCGCAACAGCACCACCAUCAACCACUGCACAGCGGAGUUUUAGGAAAUCCCGGGAGCGUAGAAAAUGACGGUUUGCUAAGGCAAGGUGGAGUAAAUGUAAAUGGGGUUGGUGGAAAUGGGUAUGGUAAUAUGGGGAGUGCAUGAUAGAAGGUAUCGAGACGAUAGAGAGAGAUCCAAAGAAAAAGAUCCAGGUCCUGACCAUGAUUGGCAGGAUAGAAGGCCACGCGAUGAUAGAGAUGUAGGUCGAGAAAGGGAUAAGGAUCGUGAUCGCGAUAGGGAACUUUCUCGAGAUUAUGAGCGUGGCCAUGAUCGCGAUCGUGAUAGAGAUCGUGACCGUGAUAGGCACAAGGAAGAUAGGGACAGGUAUUCAGAUCAUCAUAGGUACAGGGACCGUGAACCAGAGCAUGAAGAUGAGUGGGAAAGGGGGCGAUCAUCGAGGACUCAUAGCAAGUCUAGAUUACCACAAGAAGAAGAAAGUCGUUCUAGAUCAAGGGAUGCUGAUUAUGGGAAAAGACGGCGGCUUACUUCUGAUUAGUUGAAUCAUUCAACAUGCAUACUUAAACUAUCUAGAGUUUGGCUUUCCAUGUUCGUUUGGAUUCUCUUUUCAAUUAUCUGGGCUUGUUAAUUCAUCAAUUGCUCUUUUCCCUUGCCAUCUAUUGUCUGACUCCAAAUUACACCGGUUACUUCUUCCAACAGAAGUAUGGCGUGAUGUUCUAGAGAAAAAAAGUACUGAGGAUUUGAUUGGGUGGUGCGACAGUUGGCUUGGAGAUGGCAGAGAGAGCCGCCCUUGAACUUCUUUGCAGAGAACCAACCCCCAGGCAUGGCAGCAGCUAUUUGCUCUAUUAAUUUGAUAGUGAAACUCUUGGUUUAAACUUCUCAAGUUUCUUUUGAAAUCAUGUUUCUUGACUUGGCACACUUGAUGAUGAUGAAACUGAUGUUGUUGAUGUAAUGGCUAAACUAUUGCUGAAGUCCCAACAUGUCUUGAUGUUUUUUGACAUGUAAUGGCUUACUAUGUUGUUAGAGUAUCUUAGCCUGGAGGAUGUUGUGAUGUGAGUUAUUCUGUUUUAUGAGCUGUUGUAUCAUAUGUUCACACCUCUUUUCAAUUUUUUUUCUUUUUGAUACCGCACCUCCGCCGUCCGUUCAAUUGUGAAGAUGUAGAUAUAGAUGUAGGGCUAACAAUUCUUUUAAAGCUGUUGCUCUAACCUUGAGAGGUUGUUUGUACUCAACUCAAUACCCUUGUAUUGUAUGUAUGUACUUAUUGACUAGAUGGAUAUCAAUCAGUACAUGUUUCAUAUUUUGUUGUUUUCUGUUA